AUGGAUCAGGAGAAGUACUUGCCGGAGCUCAUGGCCGAGAAAGACACGCUGGACCCUACGUUUGUCCAUGCGAUGCGUCUCCUGGCUGAAGGGGGGUUCAUGGAGGGAGGUCAGUUUAAUUUUGUUGGGAAGCUCCUGGGGCCGAGGGGGAACUCGAUGAAGAGGUUGCAGGAGGACACGGGAGCCAAGAUGUCCAUUCUAGGGAAGGGCUCCAUGAGGGACAAAGACAAGGAAGAAGAAUUAAGGAAAAGCGGAGAAGCCAAGUAUGCCCAUUUGAGCAACGAUCUGCACGUUUUAAUUGAAGUCUUCGCUCCUCCUGGAGAGGCCUAUUCUCGCAUGAGCCAUGCCUUGGAGGAAAUAAAGAAAUUUCUAGUUCCAGACUACAACGACCAGAUCCGCCAGGAGCAGCUGAGAGAACUGUCCUACCUGAACGGGUCAGAGGACACCAGCAGAGUGCGGACCGUACGGGGGAGUGGCCUGAGGAUGGCUACCACGGCAACCCCCAGAGGGCGUGGCGGUGCGGCCCCUCCCCCUCCCCCGGGGCGGGGGGCGGUGGUGCCCCGAGGGAGCGGAGUCACGCGGAGCGCCCUCCCCUCAGCCUCCCUCUCCAGGGGGGUCCCAGCGCCCCGGGCCCGCGCCACCCCGGGGAACCCUGGCUACCGGCCCUCGCUGCUGCCCCUCACACACGACGCCUACGAAGACUAUGGCUACGACGAUGGCUACGACGGAGAAUACGACAACCAGAGUUACGACACCUACGAAGAGAACUACAGCAGCCAGUCCAAGAGCAUUUCAGAGUAUUAUGAAUACGGCCAUGGAAGCAAUGAUGAAACAUACAACAGCUAUGAGGAGGAGUGGAUGACCUCCCGGCCUACUCUCAAAGCUCCGGCGACGCGCCUGGCCCGGGCAACCUACAGAGAACAUCCCUAUGGUAGAUAUUGAAGGGGUCUCACACCUGUGAACGCCAACAUAAGACAACCAACCUUACGAUCGUCCGUGUCCCCCCCUCUCCUCCCCCAAAGUUGUAGCGUACCUCCUUCCCCUCUCCAAUCUGCCCCUUCCUCCGAAUCUCUCCACCCAAGGAACCACACACAAAGCACAUAACCCCUAACCAUUCAAGCGGUGGCAGUUUUGUCUUUGGGUUUUUUGAUAACUUGGGACUCUUUUUCUAGAACAACGAGAAAAGAAACUGAAAAAAAAGAGAAACUAUUUUGAUUUGACGUUGCACCCAUACAUUGGAGUGCGGCUCCUGGUUGUCAACAGUUGUAUGUCACCCAUACAUGAAAGCAGGAGGCUGCUUCAGACCUAGAUGCGGCGGGACUUGCCCCCCUUAGUGCAAUGUGAUGACAUCAUGUUGAUACUGGGAUGCUAGCGCUGUAUGAAGCUGACAGACUUUAUACAUUCUUUUUUUUAUAUUUGUUAUGAUGUUACAUAUUGAUCUUGUACAACAAAUACACAUUUUGAUGUUGGGGUUGAGGGAAAUCUCAAGAGAUGUGCAGUAUGUAGCUUACUACAAGUGCUUUGUUCUGUGUUUAAUCUGUAUU